AUGCAACGCAGUUUGGCAAGUUCCAGCCUUUCUGGCCUCGCCCGGAGUCGUUUUCUAUCCACGAACUCUCGGAUUAUAAGUCGACCACAACCUUUAUUACUACUGUAUAACCUGGCUGUGCCAAGCGGAAGGCAUGCCUUUUCAAGUUCCCCUCCUUUGUACAAAAAGAAAGACAAGUCAAAGAAGGGCACUCUUGCUGCUGAGUCUGAAGUAACCAAGUCUUCGAACGGUGUUGAGGCCUCAGACGACCCUUUCGCCCUCUCUCAGCUGCAGGAUGACAUUGCAGCCGCCGUCUUUCGUCUCAAAGAUGAUCUUUCUAAACUCCGCGCUGGAGGGAGAUUGAACACUGAGGCUAUCGAGAGUCUUCGGGUUCAGUUAAGCAAGGGGGGUAAAGACACUGUCAAACUGGGAGAGCUGGCACAGGUUGUUCCUAAGGGAGGACGAAUGGUCACUAUUCUUGCUGCUGAAGAGGGUCAUAUCAAACCGAUCAGUUCGGCAGUCAUCUCGUCCAAUCUUUCCUUGAAUCCUCAGCCAGAUGCUCAUAACAGCCUCCAACUUAACAUCCCAACCCCCCCGCCGACGAAGGAAUCCAGGGAUAAAACAGUACAAAAUGCAAAAACGGCAAUGGAAAAAGCAUCUGGAACCGUCCGCGACUCAAGAGGUGCUGUGCAUAAACGUCUUCAAGAGAUGCAGAAGAAGAAGAUCGCCAGGCCAGAUGAUGUCCGGAAGGCACAUGACAAUAUGGGAAAAUUAACAGAGAAGGGACAGAAGGAGGUGAAGGAUCUGUUUGAAGCAGCCAAGAAAGCGUUAAAGCAGGCAUGA